GUGUGUCACACGUUGUGCGUGUGUUGGCGGCUCGCUAAAGGGGAGCCUAACUAAAAGAAACAUGGCGCCGAAGUGAAGGACGCUGUGCGUGGUCGGGGACCUCAUAAAAAGCAUAAUAAUCAGAGCAGACCAUCAAAACUAGCUCGACGAAAGCGUGAAAACAGUAGUCCUCGCUAUUCUUCAGUGCGUCAUUAGUAAGAUGAGCAACAUAUCGCCCUUUGGCGGCGGCAAGAACCCGCCCUGGGUCCGCAAUGCAGGUCAAGGAAUUCAAAAUAUUCAGCAGCAAAUGCUGGGUCAAGCAAUGGGUGGUAUGGGUGGUCAACCAAUGGUUCAGUACCAACAACCAAACCAACAGGUUUAUCAACAAAGUCUUGGCUUGCAACAACCAAACAUAACUAUGGCAUCCAUGGCAACUCUGGGUUCUAAUUUGCCUUCUAGCAUCGCUGGACAGUUAUAUCCUCAGGUGGCCACUGUUUCGUAUCCAACACCGAGAGCUUUAAAUACCAAUGCUUUUACACAGUCAGUAGCUGGAGUUGCUCAACAAGUUCAGCAAAAUGUGCCUCCAUCAUCAACAAAACAAAGAGUCUUUACAGGUACAGUUACCAAAGUCCAUGACAAUUUUGGAUUUGUUGAUGAAGAUGUAUUUUUCCAAACAAGUGCAUGUGUCAAAGGUUCAAAUCCAGCAGUAGGUGAUCGUGUUUUGGUUGAAGCAUCCUAUAAUCCUUCAAUGCCAUUUAAAUGGAAUGCAACUAGAAUACAAGUGCUUCCCAUGGGAAACAAUAAUAGUAACACAUCAACGCAGCAAACUACUACCACUACUCGACCAGCACAGCCACCUAGAACUUCUGGAACAUACAACGCUGUUCCACCCCCCAACGAAAAUGCAAACAGCAGAUUUAGUGCAAACAACACAAAUGUACCUCCUGUAACAAAUCGCAAUAAGGCUGGAAGAGUCAGAGAAAGAUCUCGUGAUCGAAGAGAUGAAGAGGAAAUUGAAAGAAAAAGACGUAGGGAAGAAAGAAUAAGAGAAAGAGAAAAGAAAGAAGAGCGCAGUCCUUCACGGACAAGAAGAAGCAAAUCGCCAAGACCACGUAGGAGAACAAGAAUCGUUCCUAGAUAUAUGGUGCAAAUACCAAAGAUAGCUCUUGAUUUGCCAGAAGCAGAUGUAUUGGAAGUCAAGAGACGUUACCAAAACAUGUACAUUCCCAGCGACUUCUUUUCUACAAAUUUUAGAUGGGUGGACGCGUUUCCACCACACAUGCCAUUUACACUUAAUAAACCAUGUUCUUUCCAUGUGAUGAACAAAGAUGUUGAAUCCGUUACUGAGAAUGUAGCUGUGUUAGAACCUCCUGACGCGGAUUACCUAUUUUCAGCAAAGGUCAUGUUGAUUUCUAUGCCUGCCAUGGAAGAAAUUUACAAGCGUUGUUGUGGAGUAACCGAGGACCGUGAUAACGAUCGUGACUACAUACAUCCUACUCGUCUCAUUAACUUUUUGGUCGGAUUACGCGGUAAAAACGAGACAAUGGCUAUCGGAGGGCCUUGGAGUCCAUCACUAGAUGGGCUAAAUCCUGAUAAGGAUCCAUCUGUUCUCAUCAAGACUGCCAUCAGAACUUGCAAAGCCUUAACGGGGAUUGAUCUGUCCAACUGCACGCAAUGGUACCGCUUCCUGGAGCUCUACUACAGGCGUGCUGAGACGACCCACAAGUCCGGCCGUGUGGUACCCUCUCGCGUUGAAACCGUGAUACUAUUUCUCCCAGAUGUUUGGCGCUGCGUGCCCACAAGGCUCGAAUGGGACGGUCUUCAUCUUGGCUACAAAAAGCAACUGGAGCGUAAGCUGCUGCGACCCGACGAUGUCAAGGAGCUCGAAGCUCCUCCCGCUACUGCCGCGGCUGCUGCUUCUACGACCAUCAGCACAGCUUCUCCUGCCGCUGCCGCUGCUGCUACCGCUGCCGCUGCCGCUGCCACUGCUUCCGGAGAGAACGCGAGCGAUUCCAAUGCUGCCCAAGCUGCCGGAGUCGCUGAUCAAAAGGAUGAAACAAUACCAGAAAAGAAGGAUCCCACCCAUUAUUCUGAGUUGGACCCAAAGAAUAUGAAUGUGAACGACUUGCGUCAGGAAUUGGCUUCUCGUAGUAUAAGCUCAAAAGGCUUGAAAUCGCAACUGCAGGCGAGACUUGCUAAGGCUAUAAAGUCAGAACAAGCCAAAGAAGAAGGUAGACAGGACGACGUCGACGAAAAUGAUAAAGAGAGUACGCCGUCACCCAAAGAUGAACCGAAAGAAGAGAAGCGAUCUAUUAAAGAAAACAAGGAGUACGAUGAAGAUAAGAAAAAGCUUUACGAAAGAGAAAAGGCUGUACUAGAAAAGCGGUACAACCUUCCAGAAAAUCCACAAAUCAUUGUUCAUCCUUCUAAAACUGCCAAAAGUGGCAAAUUUGACUGUACUAUGAUGUCUUUGAGUGUUUUACUGGAUUAUCGUCCAGAAGAUACAAAAGAACAUUCAUUUGAAGUUUCUUUAUUCGCCGAACUUUUCAAUGAGAUGCUCAUGCGUGAUUUUGGUUUCCGAAUAUAUCGCGCCCUGUGUAGUUUGCCUGAAAAACCAAAAGAGAAAGAGGAUGAUAAGAAAAAGGAUCGUAAAGAGGAUAAAAGAAAAGAUGACGAUAGAAAGUCAAAGAAAGACGAUAAAAAAGAUGAAAAGAAAAGUGACACUAAAGACAAAAAAGAUGAUAAAGAUGCCAAAAGUAAAGAUGAGAAAGAUAAAGAUAAAAAUGAUGAUGAAGAUGAUGAUGACGAUGAUGACUCUGAGGAUGACGAUUCGGUAAAGGAGGGCAAGAAAGACAAGGAUAAAGAUGGCAAAAGAAAAAAAAUUAAAUUAUACACUCAUGAUCCUUAUCUCCUCCUAUCAUUUGUAUACUUUGAUCAAACACACUGCGGUUAUAUUUUUGACAAAGACAUCGAAGAAUUAAUUUAUACUCUUGGAUUGAACUUGUCUCGCGCACAAGUUCGAAAACUGGUUCAAAAAGUCGUUACAAGGGACUCUUUACAUUAUCGUAAGUUGACUGAUAGACUUAAAGAUGAAGAUAGUAAAGAUUCUAAAAAAGAAGACAGCGAAAAAAUCGAUGUAGCUUCCUCUAAAACUGAAAGCGAAGAAGAACUGUUAAAAUCUCUUGCCUUGGGAAACAAAAAGCUAUUACCAGUAUUUGUUGGAAGCGGACCAGCUUCCAAGAGAGCUCGUAGAGAAAAUUCUAGUGAAGAAAGUAAUAGUGAAUCUGUACCGGAAGGCUUUAUCAUAUACAAGGGAUCUUUAUUAGAUGUAGAAAAAUUAGUUAGCCAAUUAACAAGAUCAGAAAGCGCCCGUACAGACACUGAAACUAGAAUGAUGGAGAUACAGCAUGAGCUAACUGCUGUUAGUGAAAAAUCGACUAAACAAAGCAAUAUUAUCAAAGAUCUUUCAGACGACUUAAAAGUGUACAAAGAUAGACUGAGAAGUGCCGAUGAUAAAUUAAAGAAAGUAACGACUGAGUCGCAUUCGUACUUCACAUCUUUAAAAAGUAUAUAUCACAUAGCGUCUAAGUGUGUGCAGAGUGACAACAAGCGUGUCGAAAUUGUUGAAAUCCAAGACGAAAAAAAUACUGCUGAAAUAAACGGAGCACAAGUUGAGUGCAAAUCUAAAAGUGACAGCCGAUGGAGUGACAAUAAAGUCACAGUAAAAAAGGAGUCGAGCGAGUGCGAUAAGGACAAAAAGUGUGACAAUAAAGUAUAAUAUUGCAUUAUAAAAUAAUACUACUUUGGAGUUAUGUGUAAAAAUUAAUUUGAAUAAUAUUUUAAUCAACCUAGUUUUACAAUUCAAUAAUAUAAAAUGUAUUUAGCUUUUGUUUCAAUGUACAUAUAGUAAAAAAAUAUCAAAAAUUUACUUAAAAGUUUUUGUU